AUGUGUGGCAGCGGAAGCGGAAGCGGAAAUCAGAAGUGGUUUUGAGUGAUCACGCCUACUCAGUGGCUAUUGAGGGAGGUAUAGGGCCGAUUUGCCAACCAUAAACAGGAAGCCUUGAAAUUUUAGACGAUAAAAGCAAGCGCCUCUGCCCAGGCCUCCUAAGCGACUCCACAACAAAGGGUGCGAUGCACGUGUUACCACCACAACAAAGGACCAUGCCCGCCGAGGACCCUGUCGUGGUGGAGGACGGCUUACUAGCCCUGGAAGACAUAGAGAUUGUUGAGGAGCCUGGUGAGGAGGGCACUCACCCUGUCAUUAUUCAUGGUGAGUCGACCCACAUCAUUGUUAACCUGAUAGAGGUACCAGCUGGCCUCCAUGGGCCCAAGAGAGGAAUGGUUGGGCAGAUGCCAAGGCCUCAACUGUUGGUAGUGGUGACAGGGAAGGUGCCCAGUGAGGUGCAUCUCCUGGGCCUUGGACGUCGAUGUGUGGAGCGAUACACGCCAGAGCCAGAUUUAUUUUGCCACUGCAGUCGCUGGGGACACAAGGAGUGGCGUUGCCAGUCUGCCCCUCGCUGUAAAUACUGUGCUCCAUGGCCCCCAUAAGUCAGUACAGUGCCUGGAUAAGAUCAAGGAGGGCACACCAAAAUUCCUCCUCGCUGCUGUAAUUGUCAGGGUGACCACAACGUCCACUCCACCCUCUGCACCGUCACGCCUCGGCCCCACAGGGAGCCUGCCACUGAUGAGGUGAGUCGGCCCAGACUUAUGUUCCGCUAGGCUCCACCUCCUCAGACCAACGCCUGGGAGACUAAGCCUUCCUUCCUGUCUGCUGCCCCUCACCUGUCCCAGCCUUCCUGCCCCACCACUGGCACUUCGGCCACACCUGCCAUGUUCCCACCAUUGCCGCAGCGCACUGCUACAGUGCCCUCUGCGUCUUUUAAAACAGUGCCCUAGCCUGGGGGCACUCAGGAGGUGCCUGCCACUGACUCCACCCAGCAGCUAAUGGCAGUGGUGAACGCGCUAGCUGCCAAAGAAGACAAUCUUCUGCAACAAUCUCUGCCCUCAGUAGUGAGUUUGGCACUUUCAAGAAGGACCGGCAAAAUACAGUACCCAGUGGGACACCCCCUGUGGCCCGAACCACAUGUCUAGUGAGUAAUGCUAAGCGGGACCAAGUAGAUGGUGACGUGUGCCAGCAAAGUCUGUGUGACCCACCCCAGGAAAAGGACAAUAUUGCAGGGCAGUGUGUGGGUGGGUGCCGUUGCACCCUUUCCGAGGAGGGCUGCACCCACCAAGCCAGUCAAGGGAGCCACGCGACAACCCCGGGUCCCCUCGGGGAUGGCCCCUGCUUUCCCUGCCUCAGAGGGCAAGUCUCCUGAGGCAGACCGUGAUGGAGAUGCCGCUGGUGAAUGGACAUUGGUCAGCCGCAGGAAGAGGCGCUGCUCCAGCCCCCCCCCCUCCAGGCCAGAUUGCUAGCCCCAAGCCAGACCAGGGAUAUCUGAUGUCAGGCCUGCAGACCCUGAUGGAGCAGAUGUCUCACCUGACACAGGAUGUGGACGGCCUGAAGACACAGAUGCAACACCAUUGCAAUGAACGGGCCUUGCUGACCAACCACUCCACCCUGGAGAUGACCCUCCCCGUGCAGUCCGCCCCGGCAGUGCCCAAGAAGCGCCUGACGGUGCCGCCAUCCAGGAUGGCGGGCCUCGUCGUCCAUGUGGUUGCGUGGUACGCUGCCGUGAUAAAUACUUUUGGGAAGUCAGUGCGUCUCCUGGUGUGUGCUGCACCAAAGGGACACACUCUGCGUCAUUAUGUCACAAUCCAUAAUGUCCUCUCAUUGCUAAAUUUAGGCCACAAGACCAACAUGACCUGUAUAGCCUCAUUAACCAUCUCCUAGACCCAGCCACUCUCAGGGAUAUACUCAAGGAAUAUCCUAUGUUUGCUCCCAGACUGUAGGAUAUUUAUGCAAUAAGGUGUGCAAUAUAUUAUAUAUUUUUGUAUUUUUGAUACUCUACCCUUACGUCUUUGUCUUGGGAGUGGGUGGCAAGGUCCAUCCUCCUCAUUUGUUGCAUUUCAUUAUUAACGCAACAAUAAAUGUAUCAAUCAA